UCUUUCAACAGCGCUCGGUCUGAGUUUGGCCCUCUAUUUUAUAACAUCAACAUGGUUUACCGAGUUUUGGGCUUCAUUUACGCUGUUGCGAGCUUAAUUGGUUCGAUUUUAUUUUUCCUAUCAAAGGAUGAUUUUGGAUCAGAUGCUCAGAUUCGUCAAGCACUUUCGUUCGUUGCUGUUUUGUGGCUGAUUUUCAACUUUAUCCUUAUCUUUGGACUGUAUUCAAGUAACGAAACUUACGUUAAUGCUCACCUCCAGUUCAUCAACUUUGUGUUCAUUACGCUCACUGCAAUUAUAUUGUACCUUGCCUAUGUGCAAAAUGAGCAAAACGUUGAAGUCAUGAACGUUGCCUUCUUUCUUCCCUCGUCGUUCAAGAACAGGGUGAGAAGGGAGGUCGUGAAAGAUAUCGCCGGAAGGGUUUUGCGCUGUUUGAUUGUACUUGGUGCCGUUUAUGCACUCAUCAGACACAUACUCGUGAAGGUUAUUGCGUCCAUCAGAAAGGAAAAGCAGCAGAAGCAAGGGGUAGCCAUUUUAGUGUGAGAUGGAUUCAGAGUUAUCAACAAAAAUUACACUUUGAAAAUGACAAUUUUU